UUGAAGCUGGUAUAAAGAAACUUUACCACUAAUCAACUUCAAUCAGCUCUAAUGGCUUCUAAACAUUUAGCUGCCCUUGCAAUCUUCGCAAUUGUUCUUCCUGCUGUGGCCAUGGCAACUGAGUUUACUGUUGGAGAUGAUCAAGGUUGGACCAUUAAUUUCGACUAUGUAGCCUGGGCCAAGGACAAAGUCUUUCAUGUUGGCGAUAAACUAGUCUUCAAAUACACGGCGGGACGGCACAAUGUCUUCAAAGUGAAUGGUACCGUCUUCACGAACUGCACUAUACCACCACCAAAUGAAGCUCUUACUACUGGAAAUGAUGUGAUUACACUGGCCACCCCUGGAAGGAAGUGGUACAUUUGCGGUGUAAACGACCAUUGUGCCAACUAUGGACAGAAGCUUGCCAUCACUGUGCUGGAAGAGUGGGCGUCUCCUGCACCGGCCCCCUCCCCCUCCACCACCACAGCACCAGCACCCAGUUCUGCUUAUGGGAUCUCGGUGUCUGGGCAUUAGCUUCU